GUAUGAUUUAUUCCUUUCUUUUUAAAGAGUAACCAUCUUUUAUUUAUUCCUUGGCAAAGAUAAUGAAGGAAUAGCAUUCCUUCGUUAUCGAAUAAGAGUAACCAUGUUUUUAUUUAUUCUUGGGAACGACUAACGAGUUGACCCAAAUUUUUCGGCAUCGUAUUCGUCUCUCCCAGAACGCAGCACAGACUGCUGAAGCAUCCUUUUAUGUUAAACCUCUUUCGAACCUAUAUAAACCGCAGAACCCUGAUUUCCGUUCGCAAUUUCUACAAUUCAAUCAUCGACCCUAUCUUCUCUGUAUUCUCCCCCAAAAUGAACCCCAACGACUCCCCAGAACCCGAGUUCGACCCGCGUGUGCCGUCCGUCCCCGUCUCCUACCCAAUCAAAACCUUAGAAGACUUGAAACUUCGUACAUACUUCGAUUCUUUCCAUUUCCAGUUCAAUAAAGCUUCUGUCCCUUUACGUCGCAGUGGUGUUGAUGGUGUUUCGUUGCCGAAUCGCCCGAGGAUUAUGGUGUGCCAUGAUAUGGCAGGAGGGUACACCGAUGAUAAGUGGGUUCAAGCAGGGAGUAAUGCUGAUGCCUAUUCAAUAUGGCAUUGGUAUUUGAUGGAUGUGUUCAUCUAUUUUUCGCAUAGUUUGGUUACUUUGCCGCCUCCUGGUUGGGUUAAUGCUGCUCAUAAACAUGGAGUCAAGGUCCUGGGAACUUUUAUAGUAGAGUGGGAUGAAGGAAAACUGAUAGCAGAUCAGUUCCUGGCAUCAACUACAGUUGCUGACAUGUAUGCUGAGCGAUUAUCUGAGCUUGCUGUUGCAUUGGGCUUCGAUGGAUGGCUGAUAAAUAUGGAGGUCAGUUUGGAUAUUGAAAAGAUCCCCAUUAUGAAAGAAUUUGUCAGCCAUUUAACCCAGGUUAUGCAUUCUUCAGUGCCUGGAUCUUUAGUAAUCUGGUAUGACAGUGUUACAACCGAGGGGCAACUUAAUUGGCAAAAUCAAUUGAAUAACUACAACAAGCCCUUUUUUGAUAUAUGUGAUGGCAUAUUUACAAACUAUUCCUGGACGGAAGAUUAUCCAAAGUUGUCAGCUGCUGUUGCUGGUGAUAGAAAGUUUGAUGUGUACAUGGGAAUUGAUGUUUUUGGUAGAGGCACUUAUGGUGGUGGACAAUGGACAGCAAAUGUGGCACUUGAUGUAAUAAAGAAAGAUGAUGUGUCAGCAGCCAUAUUUGCUCCUGGAUGGGUUUACGAGACUAAACAACCCCCCGAUUUUCAAACUGCUCAAAAUCGGUGGUGGAGUCUUGUUGAAAAAUCAUGGGGAAUAACACAAAGUUAUCCUAAAGUUCUUCCAUUCUACUCAAACUUUGAUCGGGGUAAUAGUUACCAUUUCUCUAUUGAUGGAAAAUCAGUUUCAGAUGCUCCAUGGAACAAUCUUUCAAAUCAAAGCUUUCAGCCUGUUCUUGAGUUUUCUGGAGAUACCACAACUGAAACAAUUCAAGCAUCCGUUGAUUUGAAGGAAGCAUCUUAUAGUGGAGGAGGGAACAUUACAUUCAAAGGAGCCCUUGAAGAUGGUGCUUAUUUGAAAAAAAGAAUCUUUCAAGGAGAACUUCAUAUGGGGGAUUCACCAGUCUACUUUACAUACUCUGUAAAAUCAGAUGGGAGCUCUAUGAUUGGUCUUUCUCUUGAGUUUACAAACACCAUUAACAUGGAAAACAGAACAUCAGUUCUUCUUGCAUCAUCUGGAGAUACAUUACUCACCAUGAACCAGUUUUCAAGCAAAUUCGACAGUGUGAUAAUGCCACGUCAUGUGAAGAAAACAUCAUCGGGAUGGGUGAUACAAGAGAGCAGUGUCACAAUGGUGGGGUCCACAUUAACCAAUAUCCAUGCUGUAUGCUAUAAAACCCAAUCCAAAUUAACUUCAUCAUCGGAAUACUAUUCCAUUCUUGGUCAUAUUUCCAUCAAAUCUUCACCACAAAACAUGAGUUUCCCACCGGCCUCGGAAUGGAAUGUCAAAAGUCAAAAUGUCAACUGGAAAUCUGGUUCGGUUUCUCUCAAGAUUCAGUGGACAUUGAACAGCGGUGUGUCUCCUGGGUUUUCCAAGUACAAUGUUUAUGUGGAAAAUGAAGAGGGUAAAUUGGUAAAAUCAUCAAACUUUCUUGGAGUGGCGUCAGUGGAAGCUUUUUAUAUAUCUGACCUUUUGGUGCCACCUGGCAUUUCAAGUCUUAAGUUUAUCAUCCAAGCUUGUGGGUCCGGUGGGGCUUCUCAGGAGCUUGUGGAUUCUCCCUUUCUUCGGUUGCAAGUUGAAGGUUCGUAGAAUACACAUAGCUUUUUAAUAAAAAGAAGUUAAUUCUAUAACUGGUAUAAGUUAUGUAGUUGUUGUAACAGGAAAUAGCAAUGUACUUUCAUACAUCUGUGUAUUAGUAUUAUAUAGCAUCCUACUUUAAUCUAUUCUAAUAUAUCAUUCUACUUUCAA